GUUGCGGCGGCCGUCGCCGCGGCCCCAGCCCCCAGGGUUACUGCGGGGCCAAGGCUGUGCCGGGGACUCUAGGCGUCGCCUCCUCGGGUGUCGCUCGCCCGGCCCUAGAUGGUGGGUCCGGAGGAUGCCGGAGCCUGCUCGGGAAGAAACCCUAAGUUGCUCCCGCUGCCGGCGCUGGAGCCCGUGGGCCAGGACGGAAAGAUGAUCCGGGCCACGGGCGGCUGUGGCGGAGGCGUCGGCGCUGUGGAGCCGCCGGCAGAGGAGGAAGAGGAGGAGGAGACGCCGCCUCAGCAGCUCCUCCGGCGCUAUCUCGCGGCGGCCGGCGGGGGACAGCUGGAGUCGGCGCUGUGCUCCUGUCCACUCCCCGCCGGCCAGCCCCGCGCCCCGCCGCCGCCGGCGGCCCCGCGCCCUGACGCCUGCCCGCGGGACUCGGGCUCCAAGCGCCGAGGCGCGGCGCUGGCGGACGUCCGCGCGCCGCGGCACAGAGGCAUGACCAACGGGGACUCGGGCUUUCUGGCGGGCCAGGACUCGCGGGACCUGGAGGAGGCUCGCGGGCUAGUCCGCGCUGGCGGCCGGGACCCGAGCCACCGCCGCCUCCGCCCGGAGGGGCCUGGCGACGAGGGCGCGCACGGCUCGGGCAGCCCGUCCGACUGGGCCGCGCCGCUGGAGGACCCGCUGCGGAGCUGCUGCCUGGCGGCGGCGGACGCCGACAAGCCCCAGGGCGCGGGCGGCGGCUCGGAGGGCAGCGCGGGCGGCGACGGCGGGAGCAGCGGGGACUCGGAGCGGCGGGGAGCCCGCGCCGGGGGCUGCGAGGAGGGCCGGUCCGCCGCCGCCGAGAGGGCUAGCGGGCGCGCCGGCGCUGAGCCUCGCCCCGGCGUCUCGGACGUUCACGUGAACUCUCGGAACACGUUCGAGGUGAGCCGCGACCACCUGCCCCCCGCCAGCCCGCCGGUGCCCGCGCCCGCGCCCGCCGCGGAGCAGGGCGCCGCGGGGACCUCGGCCCGGGCUCGACGGAGCGGCGGCUUGGCCGACUUCUUCGCCAGAAACCUUUUUCCAAAAAGGACAAAGGAACUCAAAUCAGUUGUCCAUAGUGCUCCUGGUUGGAAAUUAUUUGGUAAAGUCCCUCCCAGAGAGAAUCUUCAGAAAACUUCCAAAAUCAUUCAACAGGAGUAUGAAGCACGAACAGGGAGGACCUGUAAACCACCACCUCAGUCUUCAAGACGUAAGAAUUUUGAAUUUGAGCCACUUUCUACCACUGCCCUGAUUCUUGAGGAUCGACCAUCAAAUCUUCCUGCCAAAUCUGUGGAAGAAGCUUUACGUCACCGACAAGAAUAUGAUGAGAUGGUGGCCGAGGCUAAAAAACGAGAAAUUAAAGAAGCCUAUAAAAGGAAAAAAAUAAUGAAAGAACGAUUUAAACAGGAAGAAAAUAUCGCAAGUGCAAUGGUAAUUUGGAUCAAUGAAAUACUGCCCAAUUGGGAAGUAAUGCAUAGUACAAGAAGAGUUCGAGAAUUGUGGUGGCAGGGAUUGCCCCCUAGUGUUCGUGGGAAAGUUUGGAGUCUAGCUGUAGGAAAUGAACUAAAUAUCACUCCUGAACUUUAUGAAAUCUUCCUCUCAAGAGCAAAAGAACGGUGGAAAAGCUUCAGUGAAACAAGUUCAGAGAAUGAUAUGGAAGGUGUAUCUCUUGCUGAUCGGGAGGCCAGUCUGGAAUUAAUUAAGUUGGAUAUAUCCCGUACAUUUCCAUCCCUUUACAUCUUUCAAAAGGGUGGCCCAUAUCAUGAUGUCUUACAUAGUAUCUUAGGAGCAUAUACCUGUUACAGACCUGAUGUUGGUUAUGUACAAGGGAUGUCUUUCAUAGCAGCAGUUCUCAUUCUCAAUUUGGAAGAGGCAGAUGCCUUCAUUGCAUUUGCAAACCUCCUCAAUAAGCCAUGCCAGUUGGCCUUUUUUCGUGUGGAUCACAACAUGAUGUUGAAAUAUUUUGCAACAUUUGAAGUAUUUUUUGAAGAAAAUCUCUCCAAAUUAUUUCUUCAUUUUAAAUCUUACAGUCUUACACCAGACAUAUACUUGAUAGACUGGAUCUUCACACUAUAUAGCAAAUCACUACCACUUGACCUGGCCUGUCGAGUCUGGGAUGUAUUUUGCAGAGAUGGGGAGGAAUUUUUAUUUAGGACUGGAUUAGGAAUCCUCCGAUUAUAUGAAGAUAUUCUCCUACAAAUGGACUUUAUUCAUAUAGCACAGUUUCUAACUAAAUUACCAGAAGAUAUCACAUCAGAAAAGCUGUUCAGCUGUAUUGCAGCCAUUCAGAUGCAGAAUAGCACCAAAAAAUGGACUCAGGUCUUUGCAUCUGUAAUGAAGGAUAUUAAAGAAGGAGACAAGAAUAAUAGUCCUGCUCUGAAAAGCUAAUCUUCAGAAUUAACAGACUAAUUGAAACAUAAAUAAUGUUGUUUUGAUAAAAGUUUUUUGUUUCCUAUGUAAAAAACAUGGAAGAAAAUGUUGGAGAAACUUAAAAGAAUCAAGACAUGGAGAGACUUAAAAGAAACUGCUGAUUUUGAAUUCCAUGGCUGAAGUAAAUGAAAUGAGUAACUGAUUGACAGUAUUAAUAAAAAAGUAUUUUGUAGGGAGAGCCAUUUUAUAAAAGGAAAAGUUUAAAUGGCUAGUUAGUACUCCAUAAUUUGGAGUGAACAAUUUAAUGCAAUAAACUUUUUUAACAGCUUUG